AGAGGUUCGCCUCUCGCAAGGACGACCAGGGCACGACCGCUAAGGCCGGAAAUCGUCGGGAACAGAAAGAUGUGGCGGCGCUGUUGCACUCCACGCCCUCCACAAGAACGCGCGCAUCGCGCAAGGCACAAGAUCCAUCGAGCACUGGUGCGAAGGUGACACCGACGCCUACGCCAACGCCACUGGAGGCACAGGGCAUGGAGCAGCCACCACUUCAAGUACAAGUCUACCCAACGCCCUCUUCGGCCAGAUGCCCGUCCACCAUAAACACCCGAUGCCGUCGCCGCAGCAGCAGUCACCCACCACGUACAUUGCUGUCGGUGACCUUCGCAGCGUAGGGAGCGAGGCCUGCAUCUCCACGUCCGGCGAGGCUGAGACCGUCCUCAUGUUGCCCAGACCGGGUGUCCUGCCCAACAAAGCGAGCCCGUUGUACGGGAAACAGGUCGGUGAAGUGGCAGUGUCAUGCAGCUACCCUGCCCUGGUGGUGCGAGGUCGACCCAAGGCUGCCCUGCGUUACUCGGAACCGAGCUAUGAUGCCACGGACACAACUACCAACACCAUCAACAGCGACUGGUCGGCGCACCACAGAGUCAUUCUUGACGCCCGCAACAUCAGGCCUCGCUGUUGGUAA